AUGCAAUCCUCGAGUGCAAAUGGCUCCAAGUUUUCGGGGCGAUGUGAUGGAUUCUCAUCCAAAUACCUUCACCACACACACUUUCAUCUCUCCGAGACCCCCACAGCAUAUAUGAAGCUCCAAGAAGACGCGCAGAAUAUCUACCCGUAUCUAGAUCAGUCUACUGGACGUGCCGGUCUGUCCUCCUUGGUGCUUAGUCGGCAGUCGCGCCAUCGAGAACCAUACACUGAUUCAGGAAACGCUAUCCUCACCCAGGAAUCGGCCUUCUUUUGCAAGCGAAUUAUCAACGAGGCUAAAUUGUCUUCUUGCUGCCGUCCGCUUGGUGCUGCUUAUGUCGCGCCGUGCCUGGUUGUUGCCUUGGGCAGUGCAGAAGAUCCAUAG